CUUUAUGAUUCCUGCGUUUCGCUUUCUCGCACUUUUCCUCGGGAAAAACUCUUCUUUAUUCGCCCUAGAAAAUCCUCCCUAUCCCCUCGACCAGACCGAAGACUCCAUGAACGAGCGAGCUUCGUAACCUCUUCCGCCCCCCAAACCCCAGCAGCACGAUCGAAGGGAGUUCCCCGAGGGAGACGCGACGCUCCCACCCACCCGUCGUCGAUGGCGGCGCAAGCGCAGGGCGGCGGCGGCGGCGGCGGCGGGGCGAUGGACCCCGCCGCGCUGGACGACAUCAUCGGGCGGCUCGUCGACGUCCGAUCGUCGAGGCCCGGGAAGCAGGUGCAGCUCUCGGAGGCGGAGAUCAGGGAUCUCUGCGUCGCGUCCCGGGAUAUCUUCAUGCAGCAGCCCAACCUGCUGGAGCUCGAGGCGCCGAUCAAGAUUUGCGGUGACAUCCAUGGACAGUACAGUGACUUACUGAGGCUUUUCGAGUAUGGCGGUUUUCCCCCUAUUGCCAAUUACUUAUUUCUAGGAGACUAUGUGGAUCGUGGCAAGCAGAAUUUGGAGACCAUAUGCCUUCUGCUUGCCUAUAAGAUUAAGUACCCAGAGAACUUCUUUCUUCUGAGAGGAAAUCAUGAAUGUGCUUCUAUUAAUAGGAUAUAUGGUUUUUAUGAUGAAUGCAAGCGGCGUUUUAAUGUGAGACUUUGGAAAUCUUUUACCGAAUGUUUCAAUUGCCUCCCAGUCGCGGCUCUUAUUGAUGACAAAAUACUCUGCAUGCAUGGUGGUCUUUCUCCUGAUCUGUCAAACUUGGAUCAAAUAAGAAAUCUAUCACGCCCAACUGUUAUUCCUGACACGGGUCUGCUGUGUGAUCUGCUUUGGUCUGAUCCUGGUGGUAGGGAUAUGAAAGGAUGGGGUAUGAAUGACAGAGGAGUCUCAUACACCUUUGGUGCAGAUAAAGUAUCAGAAUUCUUAACAAAGCAUGAUUUGGACCUUGUUUGUCGGGCUCAUCAGGUUGUUGAAGACGGAUAUGAAUUUUUCGCAGAUAGGCAACUAGUGACUAUAUUUUCAGCUCCAAACUACUGUGGUGAAUUUGAUAAUGCCGGUGCAAUGAUGAGUGUUGACGAGAAUUUGAUGUGCUCCUUCCAAAUUCUUAAGCCAGCAGAAAAGAAAGCUAAGUCAUUGAUGUUGACAAAGAUGUGAUGGUUGCUCUACUGUAAUUCUUCGAUGAGAAAAAUUCCCUCGCAGCUCAGGAAGUGGCAAAAAUCUGAAGAUUGCUAUUAUAUGGCUUUUUAACAUCUGCAUUUGGUGUAAAUUCCAGUCUGCUGUUUGAAAGACCGUCCAGAUGCCGCUGUGAAGACAACUUGUUGGGCGCAAAUAAAUGCCAUUCUGCAGUAAUUUAUCCACUGUACUUGUUUAUGUAACUGGCCUAGGUAUGUUUAAUCAAGAUCCUUGUGAAGGGUAGUCUUUCCUGGUAAUGAUGUCUAUAUUGAUUGAGCUGUUUGUUAGGGAGGAAAAGAAAGGGGAUGGCAUUUUGGCACCUACAGAUGCAUUAGAAUGCGCUCUCUUGCUAUUAAUAUUCAAAGUUUUUUUUAAAUGCUCCGGUUAUAUUCCUGUAAGACCCUCACAAUGGCUGGUGUGCGAUUUUCCUUAUUGA